GCCGUGGAGGGCGACUUUGUCGGGCGUUUGGCGGGAGCAUUUGUUAGUGGGUGUCGCUGUCAUGUCUGGUCGUGGCAAGCAAGGCGGCAAGGCCCGCGCCAAGGCCAAGUCGCGCUCGUCUCGCGCAGGCUUGCAGUUCCCGGUAGGGCGGGUGCACCGCCUGCUGCGCAAAGGCAACUACGCUGAGCGGGUGGGGGCCGGCGCGCCCGUCUACAUGGCGGCGGUCUUGGAGUACCUGACGGCCGAAAUCCUGGAGCUGGCGGGCAAUGCGGCGCGAGACAACAAGAAGACGCGCAUCAUCCCUCGUCACCUGCAGCUGGCCAUCCGCAACGACGAGGAGCUGAACAAGCUGUUGGGCAAGGUCACCAUCGCCCAGGGCGGCGUUUUGCCCAAUAUCCAGGCCGUGUUGCUCCCGAAGAAGACUGAGAGCCACCACAAGGCAAAGGGCAAGUGAGGCCGGUCUCCGGCAGCCCUGCCCCUACAGAAGGGGCAUCUGUAAAAUCAAAAGGCUCUUUUCAGAGCCACCCACGCUUUCAAAUAAAGAGUUGUUAACAGUAA